AUGCCGCAGAAACUGAGUUUGGUUAAUGGAGUGAUCUUCACAGGAGGCGUGGCCAAUAGACCUCCUUAUAUUGACGUUGUUAAAAAAAUUUAUAAGGAAAUCUUGAGAAUGAAUGAUGAUGAUGAUGGACACCAUGUCCCCCUGCUUGCUAUCUGCUUAGGGUUUCAACUGCUUAUCGCGAUUGUGAAUGUGGAGCAUUCAAUGAAACUCGAGAGAUUUGAUGCAGAAAAGCAUCCUUGGACAUUGCAAUUGGAGAACAUAGACUUUAGUGGAACUGUUCUAACGAGAUGUGGUUCAAAUACCAGUAUACUUACAAUGUUGAACUCUAUGCCUCAUGUUAAUCAAAUUUUGCAGCAGUACUUCCAACUCUGA